UCGAAUUGUCCUUCCCAUGACGGUGGAAGAAUACCAGGUUGCGCAACUUUAUGCUGUCGCUGAAGCGUCGAAACAGGAAACAGGGGGUGGAGAUGGUGUAGAGAUUCUUGUGAAUGAGCCGUUCAGCACCAGUAUUUAUUGCCCAAAUCCGCCGUUGCUAAACGGGGAUCCACAAUAUACUACUGGUCAAUAUACAUACAAAUGUUAUCAUUUGGCUCAAAAGAUGCCAAGUAUCGUCCGGGCUUUGGCUCCCUCUUCUGCGCUCACGCUGAAUGAGGUAGCGUGGAACGCUUAUCCCUAUUGCAGAACUGUGCUUACGAACAGUUUUCUCGGCGAUUCAUUCUCCGUCAAAAUCGAAUCACUUCAUUCCUCUGACAUAACAUUGCAAAACGCUCAUCAGCUGUCUGAAGAAGUAUUGGCAGAGCGUGACGUCAUCAUUAUUGACAUCGGCAACAUUACUCCUGCUGACAAGGAUUACAGACCCGAUGAGGAUCCAACUACCUUUCAGUCACAGAAAACUGGCCGUGGACCGUUGAAGCCAAACUGGUGGCUUGACAACUAUAAAGGACCCAUCAUGUGUGCCUACAAGUUGGUCACUUGUGAAUGCAAAAUCAGGCUGCUCCAAGGAAGACUUGAAGCCAUGUUGCAAUCCAACGAACAGGAUUUCGCACUUAAUUGGGUUCAUCGCUAUGCAGACCUAGUUCUCGUUGGGUGCAGUGGGCUCUUCUGCAUGCUAUUUACACAUUUGGGGCCUCCAUUUUAGGCUACAAGGCAAAGAACCUUCCUCUCUCUCCCAGCUGAUUCAUCUAGCUAGCCUUGUAGACUGUUGUCUGAAUUCGUGACCACAUUAUAUUACCAUUAGCUGCCAGAAGCUGCUUUAUUCUAUUCUGAGCUGCAUGUGUUGCCCUAUUGGGUAUAGCCUUGAUCUACUCUUAUGCGUUAGUUUGUCAUCAAGUCAUUUGUCUGUGCUUUUGUUUACUACUCAUGAGCCUCCAGCUGCGGUGUAUCGCUUCUUGCUUUUGUUUCCUUACUCGACUCAUAUCAUUUUCUAUUAAGCAAGAGCAGAGGCUAUUUGCCAACUUUCAUCGGCAAGUGUUCUGUUGGAUGGACCGUUGGUAUGGCCUAACUAUGGCAGACAUUCGUCGUUUGGAGGAAGAAACUAAGCUGGAGCUUGAGAUGUGCCUACAGCUUACUCGGGUGACACCCUUUGUUAUCGAAACGAUGUCCCUCUCCUUUCCAACUGUGAUUGCGAGCAAUAUUAAUGGACGGUGUCCAUGUAGGUACUCUCUUACAUCAGCAUAAAAACUUGCACUAUGCAUUGUUUCAGCGAUUUAAAAUCCGCAAUAUAUCUUGCAAAUCUGUUCUUGCUCCUUGCUCAUCUUGUUUCUCUCACAUUUGUGUCUUCCUGUAGCAGCUAGCCCGCGGUUCUCUGAAGGGUCACAAGGGCGAAGAGUAAAAAGCGCUCCGUACUCCUCCCCGGCACAUUCCACGCUUACCCGCCGGAUUUUCUAGAAAUGGUGUUCUUCCAACUAGAACUUGCCACUACUUUGCACGUGAUCAGAGCCUAACUUGGCUGUUGCCUCUAUUUUAUCCUUCGCUACUCUGUUCCAUUCCAACCUCUUAUCAACAUUUGCUGUACAUCGAAUUCUAUGCGCCCCUGUACCUCGUUAUGUUUCUGUUUUAUUGGUACUCUCUUUUUUGACUAUUUCGCCUUUUUGGUUACGCGAAUUUUCCGGUUAUGUUCUUUUAUUCACCUAUCUUGGUUUAUUUAAACCGUGAUCGGACAGUGCAAUCUACUUGCUUUGUUUAUCACACAACUAAUCCAGUCUUUCAGUUGAUAUUGCUGACCCUA